AUGGCGGCGUCUGGCGAUGAAGGGAGGAGCUCACUGGGGCGGGAGUGCUCAUCGAAGCAGGGCCGGCCGAAGCCGCGCCCAGGAGUGCUCGUUAGGGCGGCCUGCGGGCUCCGGGAGGCCGAGCCAGGGCGGGGAGCCCUGCGGCCGGUGGCGGCGCGAGAAGGGGUCGGCGCGGGCCGGGUGGACGGCGGCGUUGUGGGGUCGGGGUGGGGUUGGGAGGCCGGGGCGGGGUCGGGUGGACGGCGGCGCAGCGAGGAGGGGCGGAGAGGGUCGGGGCGAGGGACGGGGAGGGGCACGGGCGGCGGCAGGCGGCGGGGAGCGGUGCGGGUGGAGCGGCGGCGCAGCGUGGGGGCGGCGGGGAGCACCGCAGCGUCGGGGGCGCGAUGGGGAAUGAGUGGAGGGGUGGAUGAGCUGGUCCGUCCAUUUGUGCACAAGAUUCUUGUAGUUAUCGAGCCACUUUUGAUUGAUGAGGAUUACUACGCUCGUGCUGAGGGCAGGGAGAUUAUCUCAAAUCUUAGCAAAGCUGCCGGUCUUGCUACUAUGAUUGCCGCUAUGAGACCGGAUAUUGAUAACAUUGACGAGUAUGUGAGGAAUACAACUACUAGGGCAUUCAGUGUGGUGGCUUCUGCUUUGGGUAUCCCCGCCCUCCUCCCAUUCUUGAAGGCUGUUUGUCAGAGUAAGAAGUCCUGGCAAGCUCGACACACUGGUAUCAAGAUUGUUCAGCAGAUUGCUAUUCUCAUGGGCUGUGCUGUUCUGCCUCACCUUAAGAACCUAGUUGAGAUUAUUGAGCAUGGUCUAACUGAUGAGAACCAGAAAGUGCGGACAAUCACUGCUCUCUCUCUUGCUGCACUUGCUGAAGCUGCUGCGCCCUAUGGUAUAGAAAGUUUUGAUAGUGUGUUGAGGCCUCUCUGGAAGGGUACCAGAUCUCACAGUGGAAAGGUCCAUGCUGCCUUCUUGAAGGCUAUUGGUUUCAUCAUCCCUCUUAUGGAUGCUGAGUAUGCCAGUUUCUACACGAAGGGUGUGAUGCCAGUCUUAAUCAGAGAAUUCAAGUCCCCGGAUGAAGAGAUGAAGAAGAUUGUCCUGAAGGUUGUGAAGCAGUGUGUCAGUACAGAGGGUGUACAGGCUGAUUAUAUCCGGAGUCAGUGUGUCAUCAGCACACAGUGUUUAGAUCCUGAUUGUAUCCGGAGUCACAGAGUCCUUUCAGCGUUCUUCAAACACUUCUGGGUUAGGAGAAUGGCUCUAGAUCGUAGGAACUAUAAGCAACUUGUGGAAACAACAGUAGAGAUGGCAAACAAGGUGGGAGUUCCUGAUAUCGUCGGGAAGAUUGUUGAGGAUCUGAAAGAUGAAAGUGAGCCUUACAGGAGAAUGGUGAUGGAAACAAUUGAGAAGGUGGUGGCCAACUUGGGUACCUCGGAUAUUGAUCCUCGUCUGGAGGAGCUGCUUAUUGAUGGCAUCCUGUAUGCUUUCCAGGAGCAGACAAGUGAUGAUGCAAAUGUCAUGCUUAAUGGCUUUGGAGCUGUUGUGAAUGCGCUUGGCCAGAGGGUCAAGCCUUACCUUCCGCAGAUAUGUGGUACCAUCAAGUGGCGGUUGAACAACAAGAGUGCAAAAGUUAGGCAACAAGCUGCUGAUCUGAUCUCAAGGAUAGCUAUUGUGAUGAAGCAGUGCCAGGAGGAACAGCUUAUGGGUCACCUGGGUGUUGUGCUAUAUGAGUACUUGGGGGAGGAGUAUCCUGAGGUGCUGGGUUCAAUUCUCGGAGCGUUGAAGGCUAUCGUGAAUGUAAUUGGCAUGACUAAGAUGACGCCUCCAAUCAAGGAUCUUCUUCCUCGUCUGACCCCCAUAUUGAAAAAUAGGCAUGAGAAGGUCCAAGAGAACUGCAUUGAUCUAGUUGGUAGGAUAGCUGAUCGCGGAGCAGAAUUCGUACCAGCUCGGGAGUGGAUGAGGAUUUGUUUUGAGCUGCUGGAAAUGUUGAAGGCUCACAAGAAGGGUAUCAGAAGAGCCACUGUGAACACAUUUGGUUAUAUUGCCAAGGCAAUCGGGCCUCAGGAUGUGUUGGCCACUCUGUUGAAUAACUUGAAGGUGCAGGAGCGACAGAACCGUGUUUGCACGACUGUAGCAAUUGCUAUUGUUGCUGAAACUUGCUCACCUUUCACAGUUUUGCCUGCCCUCAUGAAUGAGUACCGGGUUCCGGAGCUCAAUGUCCAAAAUGGUGUUUUGAAAUCUCUCUCUUUCCUCUUUGAGUAUAUUGGUGAGAUGGGCAAAGAUUACAUAUAUGCGGUCGCUCCCUUGCUUGAAGAUGCACUGAUGGACAGGGAUCUGGUUCACAGGCAGACUGCUGCGUCUGCUAUCAAGCAUAUGGCUCUAGGAGUUGCAGGCUUGGGUUGUGAGGAUGCUCUUGUCCAUUUGCUCAACUAUGUCUGGCCCAACAUAUUUGAGACAUCUCCCCAUCUCAUAAAUGCCGUCAUGGAAGCUAUCGAGGGAAUGCGAGUUGCUCUAGGCGCAGCCGUGGUUCUGAAUUAUUGCCUUCAAGGCGUCUUCCAUCCAGCAAGGAAAGUACGUGAAGUAUACUGGAAGAUCUACAACUCGCUGUAUAUUGGCGCACAGGAUGCACUUGUGGCUUCUUAUCCUGCACUAGGCGAUCUUGGAAACAACGACAUCUUCAGCCGUCCAGAGCUAACCAUGUUCGUGUGAUCAAUCAACGUGAGUCUCUCUUAUUUCUUAAUUGUUAAUAUGUGCAGUGGCUAUUGAAAUAUA